AUGAUGUGCAGAGCGUUCUUUAUAACCCUUACGGGGGUUGCGAGAAGCUGGUAUCAACAGCUCAAGCCGAGAUCGAUUGGCACGUUUGCCGAACUCAGCCGGGCUUUCCUGACACAAUUCAUUGUCGGGAAGAAGAGUCGGAAGCCGUCAAUUCAUCUGCUCACCCUCAAACAAAAGAGCGGAGAAUCAUUGAAGGAUUACAUUUCUCGCUUCAAUGAAGAAGUGUUGCAUGUCGAUGAUUACUCUGACAAGAUAACUCUGACCGCUAUAAUCAGCAGACUGAAGGACGAGAGAUUCAUUUUUUUAAUUGGAAAGAAUCCCCUGACUACUCUGAGCGAACUCAUAAGCCUAGCACAGAAGUACACGAACGCCAAGGAGUUCUUUAGUUCAAGGAAGAACGCUCAUAGUUCAGAGCAGCCAUCUAACGACAAGAAGUGCAAGGAUGCGCCAUCUCAACCGAGAAUGAGUAGGAAGAAGACGGAUGAAGAGUCGUCCCACAAGCAUAGGCCCAGCAGGAUGCCUGAGAGUCAGUUCAAUUCAUAUACCCCUCUCAACACUUCCCGAGAGCAGAUUUUGCUAGAGAUCAUAGACAAAAGGCUGCUACAUUGUCCAUGCUGCAUGAGGACUGACGCAAGUCAACAAGAUAAGUACAAGUAUUGCCGCUUUCAUCGCCACCACGGGCAUAACACUGGUGACCGUAUCGACCUAAAGGAGGACAUUGAGGCCCUCACCUGCAAGGGGCAUCUGCAACAGUAUGUAAAGGAAGAAAAGCAGCCUCGGAAGGAGGAGUCAUUGGCUCAUGUAGCAGACAACACCAUUGAAAUCUGA